AUUCAAAAUCGGUCCCAUGCCUGGCGGUGGUCAACAAUAAACAGGUACCUUAACUAACAUUCCUUCCUAAGACCAUCGUGACUUGAUUUCGCCAUUCCCACCGUCUAAUAAUAGCAACGUCAUUAUUCACUUUUAUUGCUUUUAUUGCUUGUUACUAUUGUUUAUUUUUUUUAUACGAAAUGCAAUCUUUGAGCAUUGUAGCAUCAUAGUAAUCACGUUGUUUUGCUAGUCUUGAGAUAAAUUAAUAACAGGCACCCCUAUCAUAAGAACGAAACUAGAGAAACAUGGCUUCUGCCAAGGUCAGCCUUCCGAUAAUGGAGGAGAAGCCGCCGAUGCGAAACCGUUGUCGACGUCAACGCCGACCGAUCCUUGCAAUCACCCUCAUCGCCGCAUCCUUCUGUGCAUUUUAUACGGUAUUUUUUAACCAUGCCCUAUCCGCAUACGCCGGCAUGUUCGUCCCGGGGACCUCCCGACCGGAGGCACCGACCUGUUCAUCGACGACGACAGACUCGGAGCUCAUCCCUCUAGAGGCGCACAUAAUGAGCAAAUGCCCCGACGCUAGGGAUUGUCUUAGAGACCUAGUGCUGCCAGCUAUGAUGCGCAUAAACGACAAGGUCAACUUCACAUUGUCGUACAUUGGGACGCCGACGGAAAAUGACGGUGUCGACUGUAAACACGGCCCCGCCGAGUGCCUGGGCAAUAUCAUCGAACUCUGCGCGCGUAACCUAUACCCAGACCCCAAGAUCCACCUCGGCUUCACCAUGUGCUUGACAAAGGAUUAUAAGAUGAUCCCGCAGCGGGAACUGGUCGAGGACUGCGCGCUAGAACACGCUAUUGACUUCGAGAAGUUGAAUGAUUGCGCCGCAAGAGAUGACGGGGCUAUUGGCAUGGCUAUGCUAAGGGAAAGCGUCCAGAGGAGUGCUGAUGUACGUUCUAACGUGGCAUUAUUAGAAAUAUUAUAUUGGCUGACUGGUAAAUCUAUCUAGGCGGGUGUUACAAAGAGCUGUACCGUUCGGCUUAAUAACGAAAUAUAUUGUAUUCGCGACGAUGGGAAGUGGACCGACUGUACCAGCGGACCGGCCGUCAACGACCUUGUCAUCGCGAUUGAGAAGCUUUACGGGCGUUCUUGAGUGGCUCA